UAUUCACUGAUUAGGAUUCUUAUCUCAGCUUACUGUUCAAUUAGAAGGUCAGUUAGAAUGGAAAUACGUAUCGUUGCCUGCAGCGUUUGUGGUAGAGGGAUUUCAGAGGAUCAGGCUAUAUACUGGUAUAGUUAAUAAAAGUUCCAUCAAUUGCAAUAAGCUCCAAAUGUGAAGCAUUAUUUUACUGCAGUGACAAAUGCAGAACUGCUGACUGGAUAUCCCUAAACAAUCCUGAUCAUAGUCAUCAGCUCUGGUGUAGUAAAAUGAAAGAUAUAAUGAACUUCGAACCAUUUCUUCGGAAACUACCCUUUACUUUCGCUCCCAUAACUACUGCUGCAGAUUUUUCGUGGAUUAAAGCAGACCAAAUUCUCUCGUAUUUUGGAGUAAAUCGACACGGCCUCUGGAAAUACGAGUUUUGUUCUAAUUCGCAUUCACAUUGCGUCCAGAUUUCUCCAGGUGGUGAUCUCCCACUUUAUUCGGAUUUGUGGACAACCACCAACAUGGAUUCUGAGAAAAUCGCGCCGGUCAUUUCAUCCUCCUCUGCAUCCUAUGAGGAUGCUCUAAUUCGGGCAUUUGUGUCCCCAUCACUCGCUGUAAUUAUGAGUUUAUCUCCAUCAUGUAACUCUCCUGCUCCAGAUCUUGAAGAGCCAACGUUAGUGAAUAUUAAUUUGCGUGAUUGGCUUGACUACUACAAGUGGCGAGGUCUUUGCUCUCCAGAUGAAGAAAGUCUUUCAAAUCCUCUUGCCUUGUUACUUCACUGGCCUCUUACUCUUUAUCAUAUUGUCGCACACAAGCUUCCACAAAUAAAUCCUUUCUGUAUUCCAAAAAUUUUGAUAAGUGGGAAACUUACCAUACAUGUGAUUGGAGUUGAAAAGGAACUGUCUCUUUUGCCAAUAUUCAAAGAAUUGGACCAUUUAUUCAAACCACAACUGAGUAUCUAUAUCUACUUCAUCGGUAGGCAUUUCGACGCUGCAGCAAAUAAAGUUGUUUAUCAUCUUUCGUCACGACUGUCUGUGACUGUAUGGAGUGGAUUAUAUCAUGAGUUUCUGCAUACUCAAAAAUUAUCAAUUGAACAACCAGAUUUAAUUAUUGGUUUCAAUGCUGGCCUAGCUGCCUAUCCAACCUGGCCUCCCACACUAUCCUCCAUUGCUGAAACUGGUGUGCCAGUGUUUUUUACGGAUUCAUGCUUAUACAGUUCAUUAUGGGGUUUCCGAGUAUCAAGUUCAUUGGGUUUAGGUCCAAGUCAACCGGAUGCCAUUUUAACUGAUGAUUAUACUCGAAAUAAUAAUUUUAAUGAGUCAUUUUGCUUGGUUUUGAAUCCGUUUCGAAGCCCCAUCCGUAUUCCGGCUCCCGGUGUGCGAUGGAGCUGGUUCUCAAAUGCCUUCAUAUUCUCCCCUUUUUAUCCCUCAGACUAUUUGCAACAACGAUCAGAUCUGUCUCAUCAAAUGGCUUCGAUGAAUGUGUAGAUCAAUUGAAGUAGUUUUUGCUUCAUUUUGUAAUUUAUGUACCCAUGUUUCAUAUUUUUGUAAAUAUUCCACUUGUAGUGUCUGGACUGCAAAUUUUUAUUCUGUAGAAAAACGAAACUUACAAAUUCUUACUGUGUUACAGGGAACAAGGUUGUCUCCUUAAAUUGGCAGGACAAUAACUUAAACCGUUAAGUAACAGUAAAUGAAAUAGCAGACCUUCGAGGCUGUUGAAUACUUAAAUUUAUUAUCUAUAGAGUUUAUGAACUUGUUGGUUGUGAAAACAUUACCAGUUUAUCAAGC